GGGGGCGGGCGCCGUUGGGCGCGCGGGGGGAGAUUUGCGUAACGCGCGGCGGCUCCUGCGCACCCUCCGCAGGGCGGGCGCCGCAGGGGCGCGCGGGAACGUGCGUAGCUGCGUAGCGUGCGUAGCGUGCGUAGCGUUCCUAAGGUGGGGCGGAGACGCUGCGCGGCUGUUGCCCCGCCAGGAGCGGUGCGGCGCGGCGCGGAGCGGAGCAGAGCCCGGCUGGGCUCGGUGCGGCCGCCGUCGCCAUGUUGAGGCGCAGCAAGGCCGAGGUGGAGCGCUAUGUCGCCGCCGUGCAGGCCGCUGCGCCUUCCCUGAGAGAGAAAUCGUUGAAAGGAUUCCUUUUUGCUAAGCUGUAUUUUGAAGUAAAAGAGUAUGAACUUGCUAAAAGGUACAUAUGUACAUACCUCAGUGUGCAAGAGAGAGAUCCGAAAGCACACAGAUUUCUUGGACAAAUUUAUGAAGCUGAGGACAACACAGAAAAAGCUUUUGGAUGUUACAAGCGUUCUGUGGAGUUGAACCCAGCGCAGAAAGAUCUAAUACUGAAGAUAGCUGAGUUACUGUGCAAUAAUGACGUCACUGAUGAAAGAGCAAAAUACUGGGUUGAAAAAGCUGCUAAGUUGUUUCCUGGAAGCCCUGCUGUUUACAAGUUGAAGGAGCAGUUGCUGGAUUGUAAAGGUGAAGAUGGAUGGAAUCAACUUUUUGACUUGAUUCAAGCAGAGCUCUAUGCAAGACCAGAUGAUAUCUACAUUAACAUCAGACUAGUUGCGCUCUACCGCUCCAAUAAUAGGCUGAGAGAUGCUGUUCUCCAUUGUCAGGAGGCAAAGAAGAAAAUACCUUUGCAGUCAAGCUUGGAAUGGUGCUCCUGUGUCAUAGAGACAUUUGAGGAAUACCUGGAAUCUGUACAAGACUUGGAGUCUGAUAAAAGUAAUUGGAGAACUAUCAAGAAAGAUCAACUGCUGGCCUAUUGCAGCUUUCUUAAAGUGACGCUAUCUUCUAGAGAUGCUCAGGAAUGCAGAGGCGCACUCAAAAAUCUUGAUCGUGUGCUUCACUCAGUGAAAACCUAUGUGAGUGGGACUGACGAGUUGUCUCGUACCUUCAUCGAAAUGAAAGGACAGUUAUACAUGCAUGCUGGAACUUUGCUACUGAAAUUGGCUCAGCAGAACGAGGCACAGUGGAAAGAGGCUUGUGAACUGGCAGCAUUGUGUUACUUGAUAAGUUUCCAGGUUCCUAAACCAAAGUCAAAACUAAUAAAAGGGGAGCAUACUGGACAAGACACGCUGGAAAUGUUGGCCUGUGAUCGGAAAAGCCAGUCUGGUCAUAUGCUGCUAAAAUUGAGCCAUGGCAAGGAAGACUUCCUGAAAGAGGUUGUGGAAUCUUUGGCAAACAAAAGCGGUUCAUCUACGCUGUUUGGUAGUCUCUUUGAGAAUGGAGCUUCCAGAGAGAGGUCUUUCCUUGGUACAGAUGAUAUUGGAAAUGUCAGUAUGCAAGCACCAGUGCAAGCGGAACUUCAUAAAUAUGAUCUUGGUGCCGUUCGAAUGCACAAUGGUAGUCUCCAGCACCUCGUGUGGCUUUGUUUGCAGUGGUUCUUGAUGUCAGUGUUACCCCCAGUGCACAGAUGGCUAAAACAACUUUUUCACUUGCCCCAAGAAACAUCAAGACUAGAGACAGAUGCUCCUGAAUCCAUUUGCCUGUUAGACCUUGAAGUAUUUCUGCUUGGAGUGGUAUUCACUAGCAACUUACAAUUGCAAGAGAAGUUUAACGCUCACUACAGUGCACAUCAGCCUCAGUUCUUACCAUUGCUAGUGUGCAAACAGCUCUAUACUGAAAAGCAAAGAGCCUGGUGGGAUGCCGUUCGUACUCUUAUGCAGAGGAAAACAAUACCAGAAACAGCACUAAAACUGAGGCUUGUAGUACAGCAUGGAAUAAGUACUCUGCGAGCACUGGAAAAACAUGGCCUUCAACCUGCCUUAAUUAUACACUGGGCAAAAACACUGCAAAAAACCGGCAUUAGUCUUAACUCCUUUUAUGACCAGAAGGAAUACGUUGGACGAAGUGUUUACUACUGGAAGAGAGUCUUGAUUAUGCUGGAAAUAGUCAAAAAGAAGAGAAGUAUUCCUGAACCUACUGAUCCUCUCUUCAAACAUUUCCGUAGUGUUGACAUCCAGGUCUCACAGGUUACAGUCUAUGAAGAAGAGGCACGUAUAGCAUUUGCAACGUUGGAUGCAGUUGAUGGCAGAACUGAUGAUGCUUUGUUAGCAUUUGAAGCUAUUAAGAAUGUCGUUUCAUACUGGAAUCUUGCUAUAAUCUUCCAAAGAAAGGCAGAGGAGAUUGAGAAUGAUGCCAUGUUGCCAGAAGAACAAGAAGAACACAAAGCCUAUCUUUUUAAAAGCAAGCAUUAUCUAAUGAAGAUCUUAGAAGAAAGCUCCUCAGAUGUGUCAGUAACUGAGAAACUGCCGGUAUCUGUUGAAACUGUGAGGGAAAUGUUGGACACAGUGAUUCAGGAACUUGGAGAGAACGAUGAAGAGGGAAGUCUCGCCUUCGGAAAUGAUCUGUCACCAGCUGUAGAUUCAGAAGUGAAACAUUCCACUCCAUUGUCUAAUAACUUCUCUGUCUCACCAUCUAAGAGCUACAAGUUUUCUCCUAAAAAUCCUCCUCAGUGGGCAGAAGAUCACAGAUCUAUACUUCAAAUGAUCUGUCAGCAAGUGGAAGCUUUAAAGAAUGAGAUGCAAAAAAUGAAACACAACAAUUCCAACUCGAAUGUAUCAUCUCAUCGGUGGCCUGGUGAAAGCUAUGGAACAGAUACUAUGUCAGAUACCUAUCAGAGAGCACAAAAUCUUCAUGAAGCUCCAUUAACAGUUGCUACUACUGGCCCAUCUGUUUACUAUAGCCAGUCACCUGCCUAUAACUCUCAGUAUCUUCUCAGAACUGCUGCGACCAAUGUAACACCAACAAAGGCACCUGUCUAUGGCAUGAACAGACUUGCACCUCAGCAACAUAUAUAUGCUUAUCAACAAACAAUCCAUACACCACCUCUGCAAAACACUUCUGCUUGUGUGUUUCCCCAAGACCUAUAUGGCACGUCUUUGCGUUUUGAUGCUCCUGGGAUCAUUUCUCCUCGUGGGACUGGUGAUUACUACAAUUACAGUGUCCCACAGGCAAGCACAAAUCCACAGCUACCUGGACCUGGCUAUUUCACAAAGCCUUCAGUCACACCAACAACUUUAAAACCUGCAGAAUCAAAAAUGAUAGAAUUUCCAAAAUCUAAAUUUGGACAGCCAGGAACAGUAGAAGGGUCAAAAACACGUCUGCCAAUACCAGCACAGUCAAGUCAACCAACAACUUUUAAAUUCAACACUAACUUCAAGUCUAAUGAUGGAGACUUUACCUUUUCUUCUCCUCAAGCUACAACACAGCCUGCUAAUGCAGUUUUUAACAGCAGUGAAAGCCUUUUGGGUCUUCUGACAUCUGAUAAACCUUUACAAGAUGACAGAUAUGCUGAGCAAAAAGCAGUUAACCACACAACUGGUCAAAGAAAUGUAUUCAGUUUUGGUAAUAAACAUAUUUCAGGCAUCCCUUUUACCGAAGGCAUGGCACAGAAUGCACAUAAAAACUUGGCUUUUGAGAGGAGUGAUAUGUUUAGUUUCCAAGAACCAAGCAAGUCUUUAUUUAUGACUUCAACUUCUGAUUUGGCCAAUAGAAGUCAUGAAACAGAGGGAGGAAGCACCCUUGGAGAUGAGAAUGAUGAUGGUCCUCAUUUUGAUCCUGUGGUGCCCCUCCCUGACAAGAUUGAAGUAAAGACAGGUGAGGAAGAUGAAGAAGAAUUCUUCUGUAACAGAGCCAAACUGUUUCGUUUUGAUGCAGAAUCUAAGGAAUGGAAAGAAAGGGGUAUUGGAAAUGUGAAAAUACUGAAGCAUAAAGUAUCUGGCAAAUUCCGUCUCUUAAUGAGACGGGACCAAGUACUGAAAAUCUGUGCAAAUCACUACAUAAAUACUGAUAUGAAAUUAACUCCAAAUGCUGGAUCAGAUAGGUCAUUUGUAUGGCAUGCUUUGGAUUAUGCAGACGAGUUGCCAAAACCAGAACAGCUUGCAAUUCGGUUUAAAACACCAGAGGAAGCAAUGCUUUUCAAAAGUAAGUUUGAGGAGUCGCAGAACAUUUUAAAAACCCUAGGAUCAAAUGUUGACACAUCUGUGACUCAGAGUAGUGGGACUACAAGAGAAACGACAAGUCAGGAUAUCAAGAAGUCUAAUGGAUCGACCUCAGGGACCCUGAACUCUGUAUUUCAGUUUCCGAAAGAUGGAGUGACCAGUGAAUCUGGUAACAAAGUCAGUCUUAAAUCUGUUCCAAGUGCAUCUGCCCUUCCAACUUUCUCAUUCAGAAAGGAAGGUCAGGAAACCUUUUCUUCUGGUGGGUUUGGACAGUCACUCUUGAAGAAAGAUCAAUGGGAAUGUAAGGUGUGUUUAGUUCCAAAUGAAGCAACUGCAAAGAAUUGUGUAUCGUGCCAAAGCCCAAAUGCAGAUACGUGGCAAACAUAUGGCACCCCAUCAACUGAAUCUACUCCAAGUUUCAAAGCUACCGGUAACACUGUGCAGGACAAAUUUGGAUCUGCCUUUGCUAAAAAGGAAGGUCAGUUGGAUGGCAGCAUCCGUUCUGUGAGAAACGAACCUGUUGCCUCCCAGAAUCCAAGCAAAAUGAGUACAGAAAUAUCUCCUCAAGUUUCUUUUAAAUUUGUAUUAGAUGCUCCAAAAAACAUUCAAAAUGACUUGGGAACUCCUUUUUCUAAAAAAGCAGGUCAGUGGGACUGCUCUGUAGGCCUAGCCCAAAAUGAAGCCAACGAUGAAAACUGUCAUUCUUGCCAGAAUCCUAAAUCACAAAGUCAACCAAACGUGCCUGUGUCUACUGCUCAGGCACUUCCAGCUCCCAGCUUCAGUUCUGUUGCUGAUGCAACUGCAACUAAGCCACAGGAGAAUACGUUUGCGGAGCUUUUUGCUAAAAAGGAAGGUCAGUGGGAUUGUAAUACUUGUCUUGUAAGGAAUGAAGGUUCUUCACCAGCCUGUGUAGCUUGUCAAACACCAAAUCCAUCUGGUAAUUCUGUUAAUGAUGCUCCAUCAACAUCUACUUCUGAUUUGAAAAGUAAACUAUCUGAACCUGCCAAAGGACAACUAGGAACAGGUUUUAAGUGUGAUUUCUUAGGAAAGGGCUUUAAAUUAGGUCACGCUGAGCAAGGCAAGACACCAGCAUUUACGUUUCAAAUUCCUGCUGAUUCUGAAGUGAAGUCUGCAAAGGAAGGAUUUAACUUUUCAAUGUCAGUGCCUCCGAGUGGAUUUAAAUUUAGCAUACAGGAACCUAGCAAAAAUGCUACUAAGAAAGAUGAUCCAUCCAAAGAGUGUACAGCUGGCGGCUUAAAAAAUGUUGAUGAAAAAGACAAAAAAGAACUGCCUUCAGAUAGUGGAAUUUCCCUCCAAUCUCAAGAAACUGCAAGCAAGGAGAAGGUUGACUUUGUUUUUGGCCAAAAUAGCAGCACUUUUACUUUUGCCGAGCUUGCAAAAAGUACCCCUGGGGAAGGCUUUCAAUUUGGCAAAAAGGACCCUGACUUCAAAGGCUUCUCAGGUGCAGGCGAAAAGCUGUUUUCUUCACAGGUUUCUACUAAAACAGAUCACAAAGCAAGCACCUCUGCUGACCUUGGUGAGAAGGAUGAUGAUGUGUAUAAGACUGAGGAUAGCGAUGAUAUCCAUUUUGAUCCUAUAGUUCAGAUGCCUGAAAAGGUAGAACCGUUCACUGGAGAGGAAGAUGAGAAAGUGCUGUACUCACAAAGAGUGAAGUUAUUCAGGUUUGAUCCAGAAACAAGCCAGUGGAAAGAACGUGGGGUGGGCAACCUGAAGAUUCUUAAAAACGAAGUUAAUGGCAAAGUAAGAAUACUAAUGCGACGUGAGCAAGUACUGAAGGUGUGUGCGAAUCACUGGAUAACAACAACAAUGAACUUGAAACAGCUCUCUGGCUCAGACAAAGCGUGGAUGUGGAUGGCCAGUGACUUCUCUGAUGGUGAUGCAAAGCUGGAACAGCUGGCAGCAAAAUUCAAAACACCAGAGCAAGCUGAGGAAUUCAAACAGAAGUUUGAAGAAUGUCAGAGGCUACUACUAGAUAUACCAUUGCAGACACCUCACAAACUUGUCGAUACAGGUAGGACAGCUGAACUUAUACAGAAAGCAGAAGAAAUGAAGAGUGGCUUAAAAGACCUCAAAACAUUUCUGACAGAUGACAAAACUAAACUGACAGAAGAGGAAAAUGUAAACUCUGCUUCUGCCAGUAGUACUUCUGAUUUGGUUGUAAAGCCCCCCGCUGAAAGUACCGGGCCCGCUCUGGAAUGGGAUAACUGUGAUUUGCGUGAGGAAGCUUUGGAUGACAGCGUAAGUAGCUCCGUGUACGCAUCACCUCUUGCAAGUAGCCCUGUACGGAAAAAUCUGUUUAGAUUUGGAGAGUCUACUACAGGCUUUAAUUUCAGCUUUAAAUCUGCCUUGAGCCCAUCCAAAUCUCCUUCCAAGCAGAACCAGAGUAGAACAUCUGUAGGCACAGAUGAAGAUUCUGAUGUUACCCAAGACGAGGAGAGAGAUGGGCAGUACUUUGAACCUGUGGUACCUCUGCCUGACCUCGUGGAAGUGACCAGUGGUGAGGAAGACGAGCAAGUCGUCUUCAGUCACAGAGCUAAACUCUACAGAUAUGACAAAGACACUAAUCAGUGGAAAGAGAGAGGUAUUGGGGAGAUCAAGAUACUGCAGAACUAUGACAACAAACAAGUGCGUAUAGUAAUGAGAAGGGACCAGGUACUAAAACUCUGCGCCAAUCAUAGAAUAACACCAGAUAUGAAUAUGCAACAAAUGAAAGGAUCUGAUAGAGCGUGGGUAUGGACCGCGUGUGACUUUGCAGAUGGAGAACGGAAAGUCGAGCUUCUAGCUGUGCGAUUCAAACAGCAAGAUGUGGCAGACUCAUUCAAGCAGAUUUUUGAUGAAGCAAAGAAUGCCCAAGAGAAAGGAACACUGAUAACACCUCUUUAUUCUCGUGCCAAUACACCAAAAGAAUCUCCAUGUGGUAAAAAUGCUGUAGCUGUACUGGAAGAGACUACUAGAGAAAGAACCGACCUCAGCCAGGGCGAUGAUACUUCUGAGGUAACUGUAGAGGCCUCAGAGGUGUCGAGCACAUCUGAAACGCCAACAAAAACAGUGGUUUCUCCUCCGAAGUUCGUAUUCGGAUCUGAAUCUGUCAAGAGCAUUUUCAGUAAUGAAAAGUCAAAGACAUUCACAUUUGGAAAUACUUCGGCCACUGGUUCUCUCUUUGGGUUCAGCUUUAAUUCUCCAAGAAAAGGCGAUGGCAGUAUUCCAGCGUCGGAGAAGGAAGUAGCUGGACCAAGAAGCUCCAGUGCACUGCAGAAGCCUCAAGACAGCAAGGCAUGCAACUUGGCUACUUCGACACAUGAUGGGCCCGCCAACUUCUCAUUUAGAAUUGUGGAAAAAGCUGAGGAGAAGACAGUGCCAGAAGAUGAUCUUCCAACUGAUGAGGUUAUAAUUGUUUACGAGUUAACACCUACCCCUGAGCAGAGAGCUCUUGCUGGCUUUCUUAAGCUACCUUCGACAUUCUUCUGCUAUAAGAAUAAGCCUGGAUAUGUGAGUGAGGAGGACGAUGAUGAAGACUAUGAAACAGCUGUUAAGAACCUUAAUGGAAGACUCUAUCAAGAAAAGGAAAGGAAAUUGCAAGGUUCUGCAAAAGAUAUGCCUGAAAACACAACAGGAGACAUCACAGGCAAAACUGACUUGAAAACUGAAAGAGAAUGUGUUACUGCUGAAAACACUAAAUCUCAGGAGAAUGAUGUUACCAGCUCUACUGAUAUAGUUUCUACAACUAAAGAAGAACCAGCUCAAUCAGCUGAUGAGGCGAUAGCACACGUGCAGUCAGCUGAAGAGCCAGAUUCCAGCACAGGAUUAGAAAAGCAUUUGACUUUCCCAUCUCGUUUGAUAGAAGACAAAAUCAUCUCAUUUGGAUUCAGCAAUACCUCAGAAUUGUCAUUUGCAGAUCUGGCUUCCAGAAACUCUGGAGACUUUGCUUUUGGGUCAAAAGAUAAAGAUUUCAAAUGGGCAAAUACUGGAGCAACCGUAUUUGGAGCACAGACAACCAGCAAAGCAGAUGAAGAUGAUAGCGGUGAUGAAGUCGUACAUAAUGAUGAUAUCCACUUUGAGCCCAUUGUUUCCUUACCAGAGGUGGAAGUAAAAUCAGGAGAAGAAGAUGAAGAAAUUCUUUUCAAAGAGAGAGCCAAACUUUAUAGAUGGGAUAGAGAUGCUACUCAGUGGAAGGAGCGUGGUGUUGGAGAGAUAAAGAUCCUCUUCCAUACACAGAAGAAAUGUUACAGAGUCCUAAUGAGAAGGGAACAAGUUCUUAAAGUGUGUGCAAACCAUGUUAUCACCAAAGAAAUGAAUUUAGUACCUUCAGAUACAUCAAACAAUGCUUUAAUUUGGACGGCCACAGAUUAUGCAGAUGGAGAAAUAAAAGUAGAACAACUUGCAGUGAGGUUUAAAAGUCAAGAAAUGGCUGCUACUUUCAAGAAGAUAUUUGAAGACUGCCAGCAAAGCUUGUCAAAACUAAAGAAGGGACUGCCAGCAGGACUGUCAAAGGACACCAACCCCGUUGUUUAUUUUGAAGUUUCUGCUGAUGACAAACCUUUAGGACGUGUAACCAUGGAGCUGUUUUCAAAUAUUGUCCCUCAAACAGCUGAAAAUUUCAGGGCCCUGUGCACAGGAGAGAAAGGAUUUGGAUUUAAGAACACCAAAUUUCACAGAAUAGUUUCUGACUUUGUGUGUCAGGGAGGUGAUAUAACUAACCAUGAUGGAACAGGUGGACGGUCAAUUUAUGGAGAUGCAUUUGAAGAUGAGAACUUUGAGGUGAAGCACACUGGUCCUGGAUUGCUGUCAAUGGCAAAUAGGGGUCGGGAUACAAAUAACUCUCAGUUCUUCAUAACUCUCAAAAAAGCAGAACACUUGGACUUUAAACAUGUGGUGUUUGGUUUUGUGAAAGAUGGAAUGGAUGUUGUGAAAAAGAUCGAAUCCUUUGGUUCUCCCAAAGGGUUAGUAAGUGGAAGAGUUGUCAUUACAGACUGUGGGCAAAUAUAGAAUUCUGGCUUUUGAGUAUACAGAUGUUCUAGCAGUAUAAAACAGUAUUUAGAUGUUAUUAAUUAUUUCAACUUCUCUAAAAAGGAUACUUCUGAUGUAUAAAUGUAAAAUUACAGCUUAUGGUUGUUUUGUGUUCUAAUUGAUUUCUUUGCAUGUUAAAUAAGUUCAGACACUGGCAUAUUUUGGGUGUAUUUGUGUUAUCAUGACAUAUUUGUAUUGAAUGUCAAAUUUUAAAAAUUAAAUCUUAGUCUUGUUAAAAUAA